GUCGCCGUCGACAUUUUACUCGCCGUCGUCAUCUCCGAUCACGCUUGUCAUCGUUCGCUAUCUACCGGAAUCGAAAUUUUCCGAUUCCUGAAAAAUGAAUUUCUUAAACUCAGCAGCAUCCAUUUGCAGAAGAGUUAGUUUGAGGGAACUGAUCACUGAGGUUCCUGCUUAUAGUGGCAGUAGCAUUUCCGAUGGUUCUUCAAGUGGGUUGAGUUUGGUUUUGAAGCGUUGGGCUACUAAGAAAACCGCUGGUUCUACAAAGAACGGUCGUGACUCUAAUCCUAAGUUUCUCGGUGUUAAGAAAUUCGGAGGAGAGAGUGUGAUACCUGGAAACAUCAUAGUUCGUCAACGUGGAACUCGGUUUCAUCCUGGAGACUAUGUCGGGAUCGGUAAGGACCAUACUCUGUUUGCAUUGAAGGAAGGACGAGUCAGGUUCGAGAAAAGCAAGAUAACAGGACGCAAAUGGAUUCAUGUUGAUCCAACAGGUGGUCAUGUUCUUCACCCUAUCUACAGAAAAGCUGCAGCUGCAAAAUCGACUAAGUUGAAGACAGCUUCGUAGUCGUGAAAACACAUUGAUUCAACCAUCUAAACGUGUCUUCGUUUCUUUUCAUAUGAUCUCUCGAGUACAAGAUGAUGGUAUCUUAGAACAGCAACACUCAGUUCAAUAACAUCUGCUGUUUUGUUUCCCUCUAAUCUCUGUCUGGAUUUUGAUGAUGGGCUUCUCUGGAUUCAACAAAUCAAGUUUUUUUUC